AUGGUCGAAACAAUCAAAAUCGAAACAACAACAAUACCAAUAACAACAUCAACCAUACUCCUUUUCCUCAUCCUACCUCUUCUACCUCUUCCUCUGCCUAUUCUUCUGCCCAUUCUUCUCCUUCGUCACCUUCUUCUCCAUCUCCCUCCCGUCGCCCCACUCGUCGUCACCAGACUGGCAGGGUGAGUCCGCUCACUCUGGCAGCCUGGAAUGUUCGUUCCCUUUUAGACAAUCCGAGGAGCAACCGACCGGAACGGAGGACGGCGCUAGUGGCACGAGAACUGGCGCGCUACAAGGUGGACAUCGCCGCACUUAGCGAGACCCGAUUCUCCGAACACGGCCAACUGGAGGAGGUGGGUGCCGGUUACACCUUCUUCUGGAGUGGUCGACCCAGGACAGAGCGACGAGACGCGGGCGUCGCCUUCGCCAUCCGGACCGACAUCGUGGGACGACUGCCCUGUUUGCCGCAGGGAAUCAACGAUCGCCUGAUGAGCCUCCGUCUGCCUCUCUGGCGAGGAGGCAAAUUCGCCACCAUCAUCAGCGCCUACGCUCCGCCGAUGAGCAGCCCCGACGCCGCCUCAAGAGACAAAUUCUACGAGGACCUGCACGCCGACUUGGCGACUGUGUCGAAGGCGGACAAGUUGAUUGUCCUUGGCGACUUCAACGCCCGCGUCGGCACAGACCAUACUGCCUGGAGAGGAGUGCUGGGUCCCCACGGUCUACGCGGCUCCAACGACAACGGCCUGCUUCUCCUCCGCACCUGCGCAGAACACCGCCUCAUCCUGACGAACACGUUCUUCUGUCUGCCGGAGCGAGAGAAGGUCACCUGGAGGCAUCCUCGGUCGCGUCAGUGGCACCUGCUCGACUAUGUCCUCGUCCGAAGGCGUGACCAGCGGGAUGUGCUGGUGACGAAGGCGAUCGCGGGUGCUGACGGGUGGACCGACCAUCGCCUCGUCAUCUCGAAGAUGCGUAUUCGCCUACAGCCUCGCAGGAGACCCCAAGGUAAGCGACCCCCAGGUAAGCUGAAUGUUGCUUUGUUGUCUUUGCCCUCUCAUCAUCUUCAUUUCAGCAAUGAGCUAG